AUGGGCAAGAUUGUGCUGUGUGUGGCAGUCAUCACCAAGGAGAACUAUCCACUGUACAUUAAAACAGUUCCAAUGGAGAAUGAGCUGAAGUUUCACUGCACGGUUCAUACUUCGCUGGAUGUCGUGGAGGAGAAGAUCUCGGCAGUUGGGAAGGCACUUGUGGAUCAGAGGGAACUCUACUUGGGGCUGCUUUACCCCAGUGAAGAUUAUAAAGUAUAUGGCUUUGUCACCAACACUAAAGUGAAAUUUGUUAUUGUUGUAGAUUCUUCCAACAUCACGCUGAGGGACAACGAAAUCCGCAGCAUGUUCAGAAAACUCCCUAACUCCUACACAGAUGUAUUGUGCAAUCCAUUCUACAACCCGGGAGAACUGAUUCAGUCCAAGGUCUUUGGUAACAUGAUUUUGGGCAUGAUGGUUCAGGUCUGCUGA